CCCCACCCUCUCCCCUUCCAGCCCUCCCACCCAAGCCACCUCAUUUCCUCUUCCUCCCCAGCACCGAUGCACACUGACCAGCACAGGGUGAGUGGUCAGACCCAUCGCAACUGACUCCAGGCCCAGCCUGUCCUGGCUGGCCUGGGUCAGCCUCCGGAGCAUGGUCUGGCUGGGGCCCCCUUUCCUGCUCCCCAUUCUAUUCCUGGCUUCUCAUGUUGGGGGCGCUGUGGACCUGACGCUGCUGGCCGACCUGCGCCUCACCGACCCCCAGCGUUUCUUCCUGACCUGCGUGUCCGGGGAGGCCGGGGCAGGCAGGGGCUCGGACGCCUGGGGCCCGCCGCUGCUGCUGGCGAAGGACGACCGCAUCGUCCGCACCCGCCCGCCAGGGCAGCCGCUGCAUCUGGCACGCAACGGCUCCCACCAGGUCACGCUGCGCGGUUUCUCCAAGCCCUCGCAUCUGGUGGGCAUCUUCUCCUGCGUGGGUGGCACCGGGGCUAGACGCACGCGUGUCGUCUAUGUGCACAACAGCCCUGGAGCCCAUCUGCUCCCAGACAAGGUCACACACACGGUGAACAAAGGCGACACGGCUGUGCUUUCUGCACGUGUGCACAAGGAGAAGCAGACAGAUGUGAUGUGGAAGAGCAACGGGUCCUACUUCUACACGCUGGAUUGGCAUGAGGCCCGGGAUGGGCGGUUCCUGCUGCAGCUCCCCGACCUGCAGCCGGCAUCAAGUGGCAUCUACAGCGCCUCCUACCUGGAAGACAGCCCCCUGGGCAGCGCCUUCUUCCGGCUCAUCGUGCGGGGCUGUGGGGCUGGGCGCUGGGGACCAGGCUGUGCCAAGGAAUGCCCAGCCUGCCUGCAUGGAGGUGUCUGCCAUGACCAUGACGGCGAGUGUGUGUGUCCCCCUGGGUUCACUGGUGCCCGCUGUGAGCAGGCCUGCAGAGAAGGCCGUUUCGGCCAGAGCUGCCAGGAGCAGUGCCCGGGCACAUCAGGCUGCCGGGGCCUAACCUUCUGCCUCCCGGACCCCUAUGGCUGCUCUUGUGGCUCUGGCUGGAGAGGAAGCCAGUGCCAAGAAGCCUGUACCCCUGGUCAUUUUGGGGCUGACUGUCGCCUCCAAUGCCAGUGUCAGAACGGCGGCACAUGUGACCGGUUCCGUGGCUGUGUCUGCCCCUCCGGGUGGCAUGGAAUGCACUGCGAGAAGUCAGACCGGAUCCCCCAGAUCCUCAGUAUGGCCUCAGAACUGGAGUUCAACUUAGAGACAACGCCCCGGAUCAACUGCGCAGCCACAGGCAAUCCCUUCCCGCCAGUGCGGGGCAGCAUGGAGCUCCACAAGCCGGACGGCACCGUGCUUCUGUCCACCAAAGCCAUCGUGGAGCCAGACAGGACCACAGCUGAGUUUGAGGUGCCACGCUUGACUCUUAGGGACAGCGGGUUCUGGGAGUGCCGCGUGUCCACGUCCAGUGGCCACGACAGCCGAAGCUUCAAGGUUAAUGUCAAAGUGCCCCCAGUGCCCCUGACGGCACCUCGGCUCCUGGCCAGACAGAGCCGCCAGCUCGUGGUUUCGCCACUGGUCUCGUUCUCCGGGGAUGGACCCAUCUCCUCUGUCCGCCUGCACUACCGGCCCCAGGGCAGCACCACGGCCUGGUCUGCCAUUGUGGUGGACCCCAGUGAGAAUGUGACGUUGAUGAAUCUGAGGCCAAAGACAGGAUACAGUGUCCGCGUGCAGCUGAGCCGGCCCGGGGAAGGCGGAGAGGGCGCCUGGGGGCCUCCCACCCUCAUGACCACAGACUGUCCUGAGCCCUCGCUGCAGCCCUGGCUGGAGGGCUGGCACGUGGAGGGCCCAGACCGGCUGCGCGUGAGCUGGUCCCUGCCCUCGCCGCCUGGGCCGCUGGUGGGCGACGGUUUCCUGCUGCGCCUGUGGGACGGGGCCCGGGGGCAGGAGCGGCGGGGGGGGGUCUCGUCCCCCCAGGCCCGCACCGCCCUGCUGACGGGACUCACGCCGGGUUCCCACUACCAACUGGAUGUGCGACUCUACCACUGCGCCCUUCUGGGCCCCGCCUCGCCCCCCGCACGCGUGCUUCUGCCCCCCAGCGGGCCUCCAGCCCCGCGGCACCUCCACGCCCAGGCCCUCUCUGACUCUGAGAUCCAGCUGACCUGGCAGCGCCCAGAGGCUCCAGCUGGGCCUAUAUCCAAGUACGUCGUGGAGGUGCAGGUGGCCGGGGGCUCCGGAGACCCACUGUGGAUGGACGUGGACAGGCCUGAGGAGACAAACACCGUCGUCCGUGGCCUCAAUGCCAGCACGCGCUACCUCUUCCGUGUGCGGGCCAGCGUCCAGGGUCUCGGAGACUGGAGCAACACUGUAGAAGAGUCCACCCUGGGCAAUGGGCUGCAGAGUGAGGGCCCAGUCCAAGAGAGCCGGGCGGCCGAAGAGGGCCUGGAUCGGCAGCUGAUCCUGGCUGUGGUGGGCUCCGUGUCUGCCACCUGCCUCACCAUCCUGGCUGCCCUCUUAACCCUGGCAUGCAUCCGCAGAAGCUGCCUGCAUCGGAGACGCACCUUCACCUACCAGUCCGGAUCGGGCGAGGAGACCAUCCUGCAGUUCAGCUCGGGGACCUUGACGCUGACCCGGCGGCCAAAACCGCAGCCUGAGCCCCUGAGCUACCCGGUGCUGGAGUGGGAGGACAUCACCUUCGAGGACCUCAUCGGGGAGGGGAACUUCGGCCAGGUCAUCCGAGCCAUGAUCAAGAAGGACGGGCUCAAAAUGAACGCAGCCAUCAAGAUGCUCAAAGAGUACGCCUCUGAAAAUGACCAUCGUGACUUUGCUGGAGAAUUGGAAGUUCUGUGCAAAUUGGGACAUCACCCCAACAUCAUCAACCUCUUGGGGGCCUGUGAGAACCGAGGUUACUUGUAUAUCGCUAUUGAAUAUGCCCCCUAUGGGAACCUGCUAGAUUUUCUGCGGAAGAGCCGGGUCCUAGAGACUGACCCGGCUUUCGCCCGAGAGCAUGGAACAGCCUCCACCCUCAGCUCCCGGCAGCUGCUGCGUUUUGCCAGUGACGCUGCCAAUGGCAUGCAGUACCUGAGCGAGAAGCAGUUUAUCCACAGGGACCUGGCUGCCCGAAACGUGCUGGUUGGAGAAAACCUGGCCUCCAAGAUUGCAGACUUUGGCCUUUCUCGGGGGGAGGAAGUUUAUGUGAAGAAGACGAUGGGGCGUCUCCCUGUGCGCUGGAUGGCCAUCGAGUCUCUGAACUACAGUGUCUACACCACCAAGAGCGAUGUCUGGUCCUUCGGGGUCCUCCUCUGGGAGAUAGUGAGCCUUGGAGGUACGCCCUACUGCGGCAUGACCUGCGCUGAGCUCUAUGAGAAGCUGCCUCAGGGCUACCGGAUGGAGCAGCCUCGAAACUGUGACGAUGAAGUGUACGAGCUGAUGCGUCAGUGCUGGCGGGACCGUCCGUACGAGCGGCCCCCCUUUGCCCAGAUUGCCCUGCAGUUAGGCCGCAUGCUGGAGGCCAGGAAGGCCUACGUGAACAUGUCGCUGUUUGAGAACUUCACUUAUGCAGGCAUUGACGCCACAGCUGAGGAGGCCUGACUGCCUGCCAUCCAGCCAGGACCUGGCUCUGCUGGACGGAGCAAGCCCUGCCCUCCAACCUGUGCUUUCUGACCCUUACAUCCUUUGGCCUGAGCUGUCUCAAGGAAGUUUAACUUAAGGGAGGGAGAAAAGAGGGAAUCUAGGGAGGGGGUGGGCUUAUGGGAAUUGGGUUCUCAUCCUUUGCCGUCGUUCCCACUGCUUCCUACAUCUGCUUCUUUAGCUGUCCUUCACAUCUUCCCAGUUCAACUGCACCCCAGAUGGGCCCCUACACUCAAACCCCACUUCAGCUCCCCCACCCAAGCCUGCAUUCGCAUCACUAACGUGCCCUGUUCAUUCACUCCCCACUCUCUGCCUUGUAGUCAGAAAAAAUAAAUGCUCUGAG